GAUUUCGGUGUUUCGUAGCAACCACGCAAGUGUUAUCUUGGAGAAGCACGGGAGCGAACUGCAACAGUUUGCGCUGCUUCACGUCACGGAUUCAGAUUUAUUUGUGGAGGAAGAGAAGUAGUAUGUGGCUUAGGGCUAUUGAAGUGUUGUUUGUCUCCAUGAACCAACGCCAUCGCUAAUCUGCUGACGAGAGGAGGAUCCUUUUACUGAGGCAGUGUGCUAACCACAGCUAGCUUCUUAAGUCACGACAGGGCUGGACUAAAACACCGUUAACAUUCUAAUGGAGAUGACCCAGCAACCAAUCGAUGGGCGUAAAAAGUUUAUCCUUACCACUACGGGAAACUUCUAUGAACUAAAGCCGCCAUCCCUUCUGAAUGACAGUCCAGAACUCAACAACUUCUUGGAUGAUGGGAACCAAUUUGUCUUGUCCAUCACCAGACAUGAAAGUGAUCUUCACCUGUCAAAUAAGAUCGAAGCAUUGGAAGCCGGCCAAGAGAAAGUGUUGGUGUUCUUCAAGCUCUACCCCACAGUGAUCACAGUGGAGAACCUCCACCAGAGCAUCCUCGUAUCAUCCAUGCUGGACUCCCCUAUUAACACUCUAUACCAGGCUGUGAGACGAGUCUUUGCACCUGUGCUGCUGAAAGAUGAACACUGGCGUUCGGUGUUUGAUCCCAAGCUUGCGAGUUUACUCAGUGAGUUGGAGCUGGGUCUGGGCUCAGUGGUCCGCCAGUCAGGAGCACAACUGUCUGACUUGAAAAGAGGACACUCGGAAGAAGAUGUUUUGGGUAUUCUUACACCCAAUGAUGAGUUCCUGUACUGGGCGGACGUGUCGGAGUCUGCAAAGAAGACCAAUGUGAAAGAAAGGGCUGCAUAUUUCACCGAACAAUUUAACCUUAUAGAGAAGGAGUAUUGUGGUCUUGAUGGCCUGUCUUUGUCCGAUGUUCUGGAUCUAGUGGAGCAGAGUAGAGACACACUCGAUGGUGUCUGGCGGCAGCUUGAUUACGAACCUUACCCAGAAACACGCAUGGUCCGACUGAUGGACGUUAUUGGUGGAGCCCUCGGACGAUACGUCCAGAAGAAGCUCAGUGAUCUAAAGAUUUUUGAGCAGCCAUUCGUGUCUGUGAGGGAGAGCUGGAAAACGGGGCUCGCUAUCUGUGAGCAGUGGGUUGCAGCUUGUGAACAUCUAACUGGACAGGUCUGGAAGAGACAUGCUCCUCAUCCCUGGAAGGGAAACAAACACUGCCCGCAAAUGCUACAUUGCCUUGGCAAACGAUUGGAUGAGGUGGUGUCUUUGCGGAUUUUCCAUGAAAAGCUGCUGCGUUUGCUACCGGCAGGAAAGCAGCAGGCUCUGACUUCAGAUUGUGUGUUUGAACCCUUCUCUGGUCUUAAUCCUCUCCAGUACAACCCCUAUACUGAGCCCCUUUGGAGGGCAGCAGUGGCCCAGUUUGAGCGCAUCAUGGCUCCUUCAGAGCGCGAGGUGGCUGUCAGACUAAAGAGCUACAUAGCUGAUGUACAAGACAACCCACAACAGCUGUUGCAGGUGUUUCAAAAACACAAGGAGUUAAUCAGGCGGCCGACCAUCAGAAAAGAGCUGCAGUCUGAGAGAGACACUCUAUUAGCAAGACUUCUUGACUACAACAAGGGGUUGAAGACAGACUUUGAGAGUCGCUGCCAUGGAACUCCAGGAGAGAAGGCUGGCCCACUCAUGGGGAGAAACCUCUCUGAUGUGGUCAAUAGAAUUAUCUGGGUCCAACACAUCAUACACAAGGUGGAGGACUGUGUCCGCAUCGCCGAGGCUCUGCUGUCAGAUCUGUCAGGGUUCAAAGGGUUUGUGCAUUUCUGUGAUGACUCGCUGGAGGUUUUGAGAGCUUAUGAACAGGAACUGUUUGAAGACUGGUCCAGAGAUUUAUUGUCUAGUCUGGCUGAUUCCAAGUCAGGACUCAGUCUCCAGGCAAGUGAUAGAGUGAUGGAACUGGAUCAUGCAGAUGGCAGGCUGAAGAUCCAUUACUCUGACAGAUUGGUCAGUCUGCUCAGGGAGGUCAGACAGCUCGCUGCUCUGGGCUUUGCUAUUCCCGCCAAGAUCCAACUGGCCGCCAAUACUGCAGACAAGUUCCAUCGGCAGGCCAUUGUCCUCAAACAGGUGGCAAACUUCUACAACACCAUUGACCAGCAAAUGAUCCCUUCUCAGAGACCAAUGAUGCUUACGCUUGCUUUGGCUUUUGAGCAAGUUAUCAAGAAUCCUCGGUCUCAGUCAAAAGAAUCCGGCAGUAAACUCCACAUCACUUGGAACAAUCCCAAAGAGCUGGAAGUUUACAUCUCUAAAUUGCAGUCUGCCACUGAGAAACUCUCCACUGAGAACAGAAAGCUGCGCAAAUGGCACACGGAUUUCACAGACAAGGUUGGACCGUACCGUUAUGCUUGUAUCACCUGGGUGGUGACAUUGAUGAAUAUUGACUUACUUAGACAUCAACAGCGGUGGAAAGAAGGCCUCCAGGAGCUACGCACUGGUUUUGCCACUCUGGAGGCCCAGGGCUUUAGGUCUGACGACAUGCAGGCAUGGCGGCAGCACUGGAAUCAUCAGCUAUACAAGGCACUUGAACACCAGUAUCAGACCGGAUUGGAAGCUCUGAACAAGAACCUACCCGAAAUACAUAUUGACCUUACUUUCAAGCAGGGCCGGUUGCAGUUCCAACCGCCAUUUGAGGAGAUACGAGCACGCUAUUACAGGGAGAUGAAGAGGUUCAUCUCAAUCCCGAACCAAUUCAAAGGAGUUAGUGCACCGGGUGAUCCGGUUAUCUUUGGUGCUAUGAUUGAGAGGAAUGCUUUUGGGUUCCUCACCAUCUUCAACAAGGCAGAGGACCUCUUUAGCCGACUGCAGGCUAUUCUACACAAGUAUAAGGAGUGGGUGGUACUAGGUCAGGUAGAUUUGGAGAAGUUAGUGGAGAAACAUCUGACCUCUGUACAAGAUUGGGAAAGAAAUUUCAAGGCUCUGAAAGCCAGAGGAAAAGAAUCAGAACGCCUGCCCAGCCAGGAGAAAGUUGACUGUGUCACAGUGAACUGCGAGCCACUGAAAGCAGCCAUCGAUCGGCUGAUCCAGAGGCUCUUUGACUUGCUGCUUCUGUCUCUUCGGAAGUCGAUACAAGGUCACACACAGGCCAUAAACAGUUUUGUGUCAGAGUCAAUGGAGACUUUGUCUACACGACCAGAAAAUAUUGAAGCGAUUAGUACUGCCAGCAGCAAAUAUACCCAGAUAGUGGCCAACAAACCUGAGAUCCUGCCUCAGUUCAAGUCAGCAGAGGAGAAGAACCGUUUGCUGCGAGCAGUAUCGGGGGCGGGGCUUGACUCCCUCUCCUCCCUGAGGGCCAAAUGGGACAAACUGGAGCUUGUCAUGGAGAGCCAUCAGCUUAUGAUCAAAGAUCAGGUGGAAGUGAUGCGAAGUCACACCACAGAUCGUAUCAAUGCCUACAGGGCAGAUCUGGAGAGGUUCAAGGCCCGCUGGGACCAGCUGAAACCCAAAGAAGAGCCGCUUGAAUCUGGUGAUCAUGAAACCCUACUUGCCAGUCUUCAAACCAUCAGAGAUAAGCAGCAAGAGUUCCAGGAGUUAGAAUUAAUGCGCAAUAAGCUAAUUGAGGACUGUGUGUAUUUCGACCUGGAGGUUUCAACUUUCCCUCUUGCUGAAGAGACAAAACAAGACAUGGAGGAGUACAGUCAGAUGUGGGGUCUGUAUGAGGAGUGGCACCAAGGCUUUACGGAAAAGGCUCAGGAGGACUGGAUCUCCUUCAGGAGUAAGAUCUAUCAGUUUGAGGAGUUUCUAUUCACAUGGCAGGACAAACUUCGGAAGCUGGAACAGCCUACAGCCAUUUCUGUUAAACUGCAAGAAGAAGUGGACAAAUAUAAGAAUAUUGUUCCAGUACUGAAGUAUGUGCGUGGGGAACACCUGUCUCAAGACCAUUGGUUGGACAUGUUCCGUUUACUUGGUCUUCCACGGGGGAUGACUUUAGAAAAACUCACCUUUAAUGACCUCCUGGGAGUGGCAGAUAACAUUAUUACAAAGGCCAUGGAGCUUAAGGACCUCAACAGCCGCGCCCAGGCAGAGGUGACAAUCAGAGAAGGACUGAGAGAGUUGGAUUUGUGGGGAGCAGCAGCUACCUUUAACCUCACAGAGUACACUGGUAGCAGGGGCUGCACUCUAAACAUCAUCAAAGACUGGAAAGAUAUAGUCAGCCAGGUGGGAGAUAACCGCUGUUUACUGCAGUCUCUGAAAGACUCACCCUACUACCGCAACUUCCAGGACAAGGUCAGCUUGUGGGAGGUACGUCUGUCAGACUUGGAUGAAUACCUACUAAGUCUAAAUGCCAUCCAGAGAAGAUGGGUUUAUUUGGAGCCUAUCUUUGGACGGGGAGCAUUACCGCGAGAAGAGGCCCGCUUCAAACGAGUUGAUGAAGACUUCAGGUCUAUCAUGUCUGACAUCCAGAGGGACAACAGAGUAAUUUCUCUGAGCUCAAGGGCUGGCAUCAGAAACUCCCUGGUGACCAUAAUGGACCAGCUCCAGCGCUGCCAAAAAUCACUCAAUGAAUUCCUGGAGGAGAAGCGCUCAGCCUUCCCAAGGUUUUAUUUUAUAGGAGAUGAUGAUCUUUUAGAGAUUCUUGGUCAGGCCACCAACCCAACGGUUAUCCAGUCACACCUCAAGAAACUGUUUGCAGGCAUCCAUAGUGUUGUGUUUGAUGAGCAGUGCCAGAAUAUCGUGGCCAUGUGUUCCUUGGAUGGAGAGGUGGUACCUCUUAGGAAUACUGUCCACAUCACCAGCCUUGUGGAGGUGUGGUUGAAUGAACUUUCGAAGGAAAUGAAAGGGACUUUGAAGAAAAUGCUGCAUGAAUGUGUCACUGCAGGGAAAAAAGGGGAUGUUGACCCCUCACGUUAUCCGUCACAAAUUUUGUGUCUUGCAGAGCAAAUCCAGUUUACUGAAGAUGUAGAGGCAGCACUCAAGGAACACAAUCUAGAGCAGCUAGAGUUGGAACUCAGUGCCAAGCUAGAACACUACACCACAGUUGAUUCCAGCUCCGAUGAACAGACAAAUACAGACACUGGUAUUCUGCAGCUGAAGCUGAAGGCCUUGAUUCUGGACAUUAUCCACAACAUCAGUGUGGUGAAGCAGCUGAAGCAAGCAGGAGUCAGCAACCUUGAUGCGUGGGACUGGCAAAAGCAACUUCGCUUCUACAUGGGACCUGACAAAUGCUGCUACAUUAAUAUGGUGGAUGCACAGUUUAGCUACACCUAUGAAUACCAGGGGAAUGCGGCAAAGCUGGUCCACACUCCGCUGACUGAUAAAUGCUACCUGACUCUGACUCAGGCCAUGAAGAUGGGGCUUGGGGGGAAUCCCUAUGGGCCGGCUGGAACAGGCAAGACUGAAUCGGUCAAAGCCCUGGGUGGGCUGUUUGGACGCCAAGUGCUGGUGUUCAAUUGUGAUGAGGGUAUUGAUGUGAAAUCAAUGGGCCGCAUUUUUGUGGGCUUGGUGAAGUGUGGCGCAUGGGGCUGCUUUGACGAGUUCAAUCGUUUGGAGGAGGCAGUGCUAUCUGCAGUUUCUAUGCAGAUUCAAGCCAUUCAAGACUCCCUUAAACAUCACAAACACACAUGCGAACUGAUGGGGAGGGAGGUUGAAUUAGACCCAAACUCUGGAGUGUUCAUCACAUUGAACCCAGCAGGGAAAGGUUAUGGAGGGCGACAGAAACUCCCAGACAAUCUAAAGCAGCUGUUCAGGCCCGUGGCCAUGAGCCGGCCUGACAAUGAGCUGAUUGCUGAAGUAAUUUUGUACUCCGAGGGCUUCAAAAAUGGAGAAAUACUGGGUCGCAAACUGGUUGCAAUCUUUAACCUGGCCAGGGAGCUGUUGACCCCGCAACAACACUACGACUGGGGUUUGCGUGCUUUGAAAACAGUGCUGAAGGCCUGUGGUAGUUUGCUGCAGCAACAGAGGAAGAGUCAUGACAAGGACAAAAUUCAAGAAAGCAAUCUGGUGGUCCAGGCCUUGCGACUUAACACCAUGUCCAAAUUGACGUUUGCCGAUAGCUUGCGAUUUGACGCUUUGCUCAGAGAUGUUUUCUCCGGGGUCAGUUUCAUUGAUGUUGAAGACCUGAUCCUUACUGAGGCUCUGGAACAGGUGUACAAAGAGACUCGACUGGAGCCCAUACCCACUCAGCUCAAAAAGGUCUUGGAACUGAAUGAGCAGCUGAGACAGCGCAUGGGUGUUGUGAUCGUAGGGCCAAGUGGAGCGGGCAAGUCUACUCUGUGGAGGAUGCUUCGGGCUGCCCUCAAUAAGACAGGCAAAGUGGUAAAGCUGUACACAAUGAACCCUAAGGCAAUGCCAAAACAGCAACUUCUGGGACAUAUUGACAUGGACACCAGAGAGUGGGCUGAUGGCGUCCUGACACAUAGCGCCAGAAAUGUGGUUAAAGAAUCCCAGGAUGUAAGCUCCUGGAUUGUAUGCGAUGGUGACAUUGAUCCAGAGUGGAUUGAGAGUUUGAACUCUGUGCUCGAUGAUAAUCGUCUUUUAACAAUGCCAAGUGGAGAACGCAUUCAAUUCGGACCCAAUGUCAACUUCCUGUUUGAGACUCAUGACCUGAGCUGUGCCUCCCCUGCAACAAUAUCUCGCAUGGGCAUGAUUUUUCUCAGUGAUGAGGACGUUGAUGUGGGCGCCUUGGUGAAAUCGUGGUUGUGGAAUCAACCCGAGCAGUGUUGCUCUAAUUUAGAGAACUGGCUCGGGGAUUUCUUCCAACGAGCUCUCGAUUGGGUCCUCAAACAGAAUGACUUUGUGGUGGAGACCAAUCUGGUGGGCACAGUGCUCAAUGGCCUGUCACAUCUCAAUGCUGUGAACGUGCGUGGUCAGUUCAUCAUUGGUCUUCUCAGAGGCUUCGGAGGAAACCUCAAUCUCAAAACAAGACAAGAGUUUGCCAAAGAGUUGCUGAACUGGGCCAGUGAAACCCCUCCAAAUAUCAGAAAGCCACUUGAUACCUACUAUGACCCUGACAGCGGCCAUCUUGCAGCUUAUAUGUUGCAGCGGCCUGACAGUCUCAAGCUGGAGCAGCUUUCUAAUUCAAAUUCACUGCCUGUUAUUGAGACACCAGAUAUGCAGAGGGCCCUUCAUUGCUUCUCUCCCUGGCUUACUGCUCAACACAGGCAACCCUUCAUGGUGGUAGGGCCAGAGGGCUGCGGGAAGGGAAUGCUCCUGCGCUUUGCCUUUUCCCGGCUACGCUCCACCCAAGUGGCGGUGGUCCACUGUAGCGCCCAGACCUCAUCUCGCCACGUCCUCCAAAAGCUGAAUCAGACCUGCCUAUUGCUCAGUUCCAACACUGGUCGAGUCUUCAGACCUAAGGACUGUGAGAACUUGAUUCUUUACCUAAAAGACAUCAACCUACCCAAACCUGACAAAUGGGGGACAAGCAACCUCACAGCCUUCCUGCAACAGGUGUUGACAUAUAAAGGGUUCUAUGAUGAAAAUCUGGAGUGGGUUAGCCUGGAAAACGUUCAGGUGGUGGCCUCAAUGUCAACAGGUAGUGCUGUUGGGACCCAUGUACUAAAUUCCCGCUUUUCAUCGAUAGUUCGCAUCUGCACCAUUGACUAUCCAGACCGAGAGCAGCUGCAGACUAUCUGCUCGGCGUACCUGCAGCCAAUUCUCCAACACAGCCUGGGUAGCCAAGCAUCCUGGGCCAGCACAGGGAAAACACACCAGCUGGCUGGUUCGCUGGUGCAGCUCUAUGAACAGGUGAAAGCCAAGUUUACAGUGGAUGACCAUAGUCAUUACGUUUUCACCCCACGUAUCCUGACAGAAUGGGUCCUUAGCUUGUUACGAUACGACCUCACAGCAGCUCAAUCAGAUGUGACCGACAGCGUGCUGGUGGUGGUCGCACACGAGGCAAAAAGGCUUUUCAGAGACCGGCUAGUUUCUUCCAAAGAUCUCUCUACCUUUGAUAACAUCCUCUCCUCCAUCAUCCGCGGGGACUGGAGCUCUGAUGCUCUUGAAAACAUGACUGAUGGCUUUUACGUAACGUGGGGAGUCUCUGAGGGGGUUGUAAUGACUCCAGGCCAGUCUCUGCCUCCUCAUGGUAAACAACUGGGACGUCUGCAGUCUUCUGACCUCAAGCAAGUCAUUCAGAAGGGACUAGUGCUGUACAGCCGUGAUAACAGAGAGCUGGAUCUCCUCCUUUUCUGGGAAGUGUGCGACUUUGUGUCCAGGCUCGAUCGAGUGCUGAGCCGGCCCGGUGGCUCUCUCCUCCUGGCGGGUCGGAGUGGGGUCGGGCGGCACACAGCCACAUUCCUGGUCUCACACAUGCAUGGAUACUUCCUGUUUACACCAAAGAUCUCUCGUGGUUAUUCCCUGAAGCAUUUUAAGAAUGAUCUCAAGACGGUGAUGCAGUUGGCUGGACUAGAAGGGCAGCAGGUUGUUUUCCUGUUGGAGGACUAUCAGUUUGUCCACUCUGCUUUCUUGGAGAUGGUCAACAGCCUGCUCUCAUCUGGUGAGGUUCCUGGACUGUACACCCCAGAAGAGCUGGAGCCUCUUCUCUCUUCUCUCAAAGAUUCAGCUUCCCAGGAUGGAUUUACUGGACCCCUAUACAACUACUUCUCCUUCAGAAUCCAGCAGAAUCUUCACAUCGUUCUAAUCAUGGACUGUUCAAACCCCAACUUCACCAUCAGCUGUGAGAGCAAUCCGGCUUUUUACCGCAAGUGUUCUGUCCAGUGGAUGGAAGGAUGGUCUGAAAGCAGCAUGAAGAAGAUACCUGAGCUGUUACUUGCAAAGGCAAACGGUAAAGAUAAGAAGGAGAGUGAAAAGAAGGCACAGAAAGAACCUGGACAGGAAGAUGUGAGGCGUCUGUUCCUCAUGGUCCAUGAGUCAUGUCAAGAACAUGGUGCAACACCCAGCCAGUAUAUGGCCUUUCUACACCUUUACAAUGCAAUUUAUAGCAGGAAGAAGAUGCAGCUCACAACCAGACAACAGCAUCUGCAGGCCGGUGUGUCUAAGCUUAAUGAAGCCAAGGCACUGGUUGAUGAGUUGAAGAGGCGGGCUGCAGAGCAAAGUGUGCUGCUGAGGACAAAACAACAGGAGGCCGAUUCUGCCUUGCAGGAAAUCACCACAUCCAUGCAGAAUGCAAGUGACCAGAAGGCAGAGAUGGAAAAGAUUCAAGCAAGAAUGGCUCAAGAAGUGUCCAAAAUAGAAGAGCGGAAAGGCAACAUUGAGGAUGAAUUGAAGGAAGUAAAGCCUUUGGUGGAUGAGGCAAAGCAAGCAGUAGGAAACAUCAAGCCUGAAGCUCUGUCUGAGAUCCGCUCUCUCCGCAUGCCACCUGAUGUCAUCAGGGACAUCCUGGAGGGGGUCCUAAGACUGAUGGGCACCUUCGAUACCUCCUGGGUCAGCAUGAAGAGUUUCCUAGCAAAGCGCGGCGUGAGGGAGGACAUAGUUACAUUUGAGGCCAGGAACAUCACCCCGGAGAUUCGCCAGAGUGUGGAAGAGCUACUUUACAGGAAUAAGGCUUCCUUCGACCCCAAGAAUGCAAAACGUGCAAGUGCAGCAGCUGCCCCUCUGGCUGCCUGGGUUAAAGCCAAUGUUCAGUAUUCCCUUGUACUACAGAGGAUAGAGCCUCUCGAGCGAGAGCAGGCUGGACUAAUGGACAACCUGAGGAAAACGGAAAGUCGAAGGAAUAAGCUUGAGGGCCUGCUCAACUCUGUUGGAGACAAGGUUAAUGAACUCAAAGAGAAGUUUCAGUGUCACACUGCAGAAGCAGCUAAGCUGGAGGCUGAGGUGACAAAAGCUCAGGACACAAUCAAUGCUGCCCAACAACUGAUUUCCCAACUGGACGGAGAACACAAGCGUUGGAACACCCAGAUGUCAGAGAUAAAGAAUGAGUUAGAUACACUCCCUGUGAGGGCAAUGCUUGCUGCAGCCUUCAUCACAUAUUUGUCCGCGGCUCCUGAAGAUCGUCGUAGACAUUGUCUAGAAACCUGGAUGGCUGAAUCUGGACUGCAAAAGUUUGACUUCAGGUCAUUCCUGUCAUUGGAGAGUGAACAGUUGAUCUGGAAGAGUCAAGGGCUGCCGUCUGAUGACCUCUCCAUGGAGAACGCCAUUGUCAUUCUACAGAUCAAUGAACUUAAGUUACGGAGUGUUGCAUGUCCUUUUCUCAUUGAUCCUUCCUCCCGAGCCACAGAAUGGCUCUGCACACAUCUCAAACAAAACCGACUUGAGGUGAUCAACCAACAGGACAGUAACUUCAUGACAGCACUGGAGCUGGCAGUCAGAUUUGGAAAAACUCUCAUCAUUCAAGAAAUGGAUGGAGUGGAACCUGUACUCUAUCCACUAUUGAGGAGAGACCUCAUCGCACAAGGCCCAAGAUACGUUGUACAGAUUGGAGACAAGGUUAUUGAUUACAAUGAGGACUUCCGACUCUUCCUGGCAACACGUAAUCCUGCUCCUUUCAUCCCCCCUGAUGCUGUUUCCGUGGUUACGGAGGUCAACUUUACCACCACAAGAGCAGGCCUGCAAGGACAGCUUCUGGCCUUGACCAUACAACAUGAGAAACCUGAAUUGGAGACAGAAAAAACAAGACUGCUUCAACAAGAGGAAGACAAGAAGAUACAGCUUUCACUAUUAGAAGAGUCACUGUUGGAGACCCUGGCUACAUCGAAGGGGAAUAUUUUGGAGAACCGGGACCUGAUAGACAGUCUGAACCAGGCCAAAGCAAGCAGUGCCCUCAUCCAGGAGUCGCUACUGGAAUCACACCGUUUGCAAGCAUCUCUGGACCAGGAACGGGAUGCCUACUUGCCUCUCGCAGAGAGUGCCAGCAAGAUGUAUUUUGUCAUCACAGACCUGUCAAAGAUCGACAACAUGUACCGCUUCAGUCUUGCUUCAUUUCUACGCAUCUUCCAAAGGGCUCUUCAGGCCAAGAAGGAAGUGGCGCACACUGAAGCAAGGAUCACUGCUUUGGAAGCAAGCUUGAAGAAUAUGGUGUAUGAUUAUGUCUGUCGCUCACUUUUCAAGGCUGACCAGUUAAUGUUUGCAAUUCACUUUACCAAGGGCAUAUACCCUGAACUCUUCCAGGAAAAUGAAUGGGAGGUCUUCAUCGGCUCCAUUGUGGGGGAAAUGUUCAAACAAGAGGAGUUCCCAUCUUGGAUUGACCAGGAGAGGCACAGAUCAGUAGCAGUUUACAAGGCUACAUUCACAGCCCUCUAUCAGUCCUUGUGUUUGAGUGACUCAGACCUUUGGCUGUCCUUCGCACGGAGCUCACACUGCGAACAAGAAAUUCCAUCUUCCAUUGCCAAGAAAAUGACUCCCUUCCAGCAGCUGUUAUUGGUUCAGGCAGUUAGACCAGAUCGACUGCAGAGUGCCAUGACAGCAUUUGCCUCACAGGCAUUGGGUAUGAAGGAGCUCUCUCCUCCUCCGCUGAACCUGCGGCGUCUAUAUGCUGAAACAUUAGAAUGGGAACCAGUGCUGAUCAUCACUUCGGCGGGGGCCGACCCCUCCCAGGAGCUCGUAGAACUUGCCACAAACACUGUGGGUCGGGACCAGUACCAUGAGAUCUCAAUGGGUCAGGGACAGGCUGACGUGGCCUUGGCCAAACUCAGAGAAUGCUCCCGAAAUGGAGAGUGGCUUUGCUUGAAAAACCUUCAUCUUGUCACAGCAUGGUUACCUCUCCUAGAAAAAGAGCUAAAUAUGCUCCGUUCCAAAGAAGGCUUCCGUCUCUGGUUGACAUCAGAUGUUCAUCCCAGAUUUCCUCCCAUCCUGCUGCAAUCCAGCCUCAAGAUCACUUAUGAGGAUCCUCCUGGAUUGAAGAGGAACUUGUUGAGGACCUAUGAAUCCUGGACACCUGAACAGAUCAGUAAAGGGGGGAUAUUGGCCCGGUCCCAGUCUCUCUUCUGUCUAGCCUGGUUCCAUGCUGUCUGCCAAGAGAGACGUAACUACAUACCUCAGGGAUGGACUAAGUUCUACGAGUUUUCCUUAUCAGACCUGCGGGCUGGCUUUGAAGUCAUCGACAGGCUUUUUGAAAGCGGUAAACCUUUUCAGUGGGAGUUUGUCCAUGGCCUGUUGGAGAGUGCCAUUUACGGCGGACGCAUCGACAACCCGUCUGACCUCCGCAUCUUGCGCUCUUACCUGGAGCAGUUCUUCUCCGCACGAGUCUUCUCCUCCCUCUCAGCCGGACAGGGAAAGAGCAAAGCAGCGCGCUUUCUUCCAUCACAGAUUAGCCUUCCAAGCUCCUGCUCCAUCUCAGACUACCGUGGGGUCGUGGAGAAUCUCCCAGAGGAUGACAAGCCUGCAUUCUUUGGUCUGCCUGCUAACAUAGAAAGAGCCUCGCAGAGAAUUAUCAGCUCCCAGGUGAUUUCCCAACUUCGUGUCAUGAGCUGCUCAGUUGCAACAGGGUCAAAAUUCGACAGGGAGCUGUGGUCUCAUGGACUCUCACCUAUCCUCAACUUGUGGAAGAAACUCAACAAGGGUUCUGCUCUGAUCCAGCAAAAGGUCACACCGCCGACAGAUCAACACGAGUCCCCAGUACUGUCAUUCGUUGUUCUGGAACAGUUUAAUGCCGUUCGCUUGGUUCAGAGUAUCCACCAGUCCCUCGCUGCCUUGAGUAAGGUGAUUAGAGGGACUGAGCUUCUAACUCCCAAGGUCCAAAAACUGGCAACUGCUUUGCUCAAUCAGGAGUGUCCUCUGCAAUGGCAAAAUAUGUGGGAGGGACCUGAAGAGCCAAUGCAAUAUCUGGGCGCUAUAGUAGUGCGUGCGCUUGCCUUACAGGGCUGGGUGGAACGUGCUGGCAAUCAAACUCUUCUGUCGGGCACCUUGGAUCUGUCCGAGCUCUUCCACCCCGAUACCUUCCUCAAUGCUCUGAGGCAGGAGACUGCCAGAUCUUUAGGUUGUUCAAUGGACAGUUUGGUGUUUGCGUCAUCAUGGAAGAGUCCCAUUGUUGGAGCCAAACUUCAAGUUCAGGUGGGAGGUCUCCAGCUGGAGGGUUGUAGUUUCGAUGGUGUCCAUCUUUGUGAAAACCAGCAUGACUCUCCCAGUGUGUCAGCAGUGCCACUCUGCUACAUGGCCUGGGUUCCUCAGAAUUCUUCCGCUGACCACGCUGUUUCUGAAGAGAGCAUCUGGUUGCCUCUGUAUUGCGGCUCCGAGAGGGUGAAGGUGGUCACGCACAUCAGUGUGCCCUGCAGAAGCAACCCUAACCAGUGGAUACAGACUGGUGCCGCCCUCUUCCUUAAACAACGAUGAUAGGACAUCAUGAGCAGAUUUUGUAGCGUGUAUUUUCUAGUUAUAUUUAUUUUUAAAAAAUAAAGCUUUAAUGCCAUCUAGUGAGGUGGUUGUUGUCAA